AGAAAGUCUAUUAUCUGAUACACUUACAAGAUAAUAUAAAGACAUGGUAUAGAAGAUAUGGAUAGAAGAUACAGUUGCCAGCAUAAUCAGAGGGUAAAGUGUGCCCAUGGGAACCAGUGUAGUCACCUCAGUAACCAAGUAGGACCUAUUAACCAGCCACCUCCAGGACAGUGGUGGGACUCUGUUCUUACUCCACCUUUAUCAGCUACUUCGUCACAGAGUGGAAGCAGCUGCAGCAGGUUCCUGGAGAAACACGCGACUCCUUGUACGGACGGCUGUAACAAACUACUCAACACCCAGAUACCAUUACCACACGAGAACAGAUUUGUUUGGGACAGGACCCCUUACGAUAAACUAUGCUAUGACACUAGACAUCACCCGAGCAACGAACCACCUCGGUGUCACCAUCACCCUGGUGAUGUAGGUCCUCACCAUGGUGAUAUGGUGGCACGUCACCCUCCUCCGUGCUGUCACCAGCCUGAUUAUGAGGUUUACACCAGACACCACUGCUGCAGACCCCACCCUCCAGUACAGCCAAAGCCGAAAGGAUGCUGUUCACGACCAAAACCAGCGGGCUGCGACUGUGGAUCAGACCGCGUGUACAGCAGUGCGCGGCACAAGAAGCAACAACCUUGCACGUGCAAAAACUGCGCUCGAUCGCCCUCACCGCUGUUACUUUCGACUCCUAACCCCAGGCUCAACUUAAACCAGAGCAGUAUGAGGAGUCUGGUACCACUGACACUCCACUCCCCGGAAUCAUCCACUCCAGCUCAGCUUCAUUUCCCGCAAUUGAACUACAUGUCCAAUAAUGGUCGAACUAGAGCAUUCUCCAGCGAGGCUGUCCUCUCAACUUCCACUGACAACAGAAGCUCAGAUUCAGAACAGCCGGAUACAAAGAAUGCGGUUACGUCCCCAACCAUGCCUCCCGAGGUUCAGUCUGAUCAGAUAUCCAGCACAACUCCAACAGACGAAGAAGACAGGAGCUCAGGGAUAUUUCCAGACGGAGAGAAACCAGGAACCACAGUGAACAGAGCAACAUCUCCCUUUAUAGUGAAGAUGGCAACCCAAGUAGAGCAGCUCCCUAAUGACCCAGCAGUUAGAUCCCUGGUGAAGAGCAUUGUUAUGUUCAAUGAUGUGGAGUAUCAAGUACCCACAAAGAUAAUCAGAAGGAGCAAGUCUCAGGAGUUCGUUCACGAGGAAAAAGAGAACAUCUACUGGGAGAUUGAGGACACUCCUCUUAAACCUCCCCAGCAAACUUGCUUGAGUUUCUUCUGCACGCCCCGCCGGAAAGAGCAGAGAAACGUAUCAGCAGACAGCGUGGGCUCCAUUACCCCUUUACUAAAGUGCAAGAAGAGCGGAGGUUUCUUCAAGCUGGGCAGAUCAUCCAAAUCAAAACAGCAAACUUCCUGUCUAAACAGCAGGGUGCUGAGGGGGGUGAUGUCGAGGAAAACAGCAGACAACAUCACCUCUGUUCAGACGGGGGUGUCACGUGUCAAGAUAUUCAAUGCUAGCAGUGAGCGGUACGAAGCUCCUCAAGGGAGACACACAGUUGCGAUACCCUCAACUUCAGAUACUAAUCAGGCAGCUGGAAGUUCACAGAGGGACACGGAAAAGAUCAAACCAUCAGGAAAACAGUCUAAAUCUUCAGCUUUAGGUAGACUAUUCGGCAAGAGGAAAUCUGAGGGAGGCGUCCGGUGGAAGAUCAAUCCCGAAUACUACAUGGUAAGAGACGGAUCGGGACCAGUUGACUACGUAUUACCUGACGACACAUUCGACUCUGUGGAGUUGUAACCCGACGACGAAUCGUCAGUCAGCUGACGACAAAUGUUGUUUCGUGAUAUAUACAUGAUAUACUUCGGGGAUAAUCCAAAAAUAUUGCCAUUGGUUGUAAUCCAGGCAGAAGAUCGUCUAAAUCUGAAGUUCUCCCUGUUCAUGUGGAAUACUUGCUGUAACUUUUAAUCAUGUUCUACUUUUAUUUUGAGUGCUCAAGUUAUUGUUGAUGAGGGACACUGUCACUAUGGCUUAGUGGCUCAUAGCCAUUUCAGCUUUAAUUUUUUCCAGAUUUUUAUUGAUUAUAUCCGAUGAUAGCCAACUUUUUUUUAGUUGGCUCAGUAUUCACGUUAAUUUAUUAUAACAGUAAUACAAAAUUAUGUGACGAUUUCUUGCUAUUUCAACAGUGUUAAUAAAUUAAACUUCAAA